GUUGACAACAUCAAAUGACAAAUUAUAACCUCCAUUUUUAAAAGGGUGUGUUUAUGUUUAUAAUGUUUUAGUUUAAUCUUUAAAUUAUUUUCAAAGUCUUUGUUGUUUUAAACCCGAAGAAUAAAAGCGCACAUAAAAAUGGCGAUCCUUGCUUCGUGUUGGUCGCCUUGUUUGUGGACGGACAGCUUGAAGUCGGGAUGUAACGCGAUUGCCUUCUAUACAGUGGCAUUUUCCUUCGUUCUGAUGGCGUUCACUGUAUUUGAUAUGACAGGAGGAGACUCAACACAGUUGUACAAUCCGUUGUUUGAGGCCGAUGUCCGAUUUUCGAUGCAAGUAGUUGGAGGACUUCUAAUCGUGUAUUUUAUCGCAUUAAUUGCAUCGGCAGCUUUAUUAGUGGUUGGUGUUAAAAGGAUAAAUCGAGGAAUGAUGAUACCCUGGCUUGUAGGCUUUGGACUAGCGAUUAUAUUUCAGCUUGUAUUUGGACUGUGGCUGCUCGGAGGAUAUUAUAUUUAUCUUGAUACAGUUUUUUACACAUUGGUCGAUUGGUUGUGGAUGGCGUACAAUAUCUAUUGUUGGAUUGUCGUGUUGUCCCAAUACCAAAUUUACGCCGAAAUGGCAUCGCCUAACAUCGAGUUACUCUGGCCAUAAACGUAAUACAUUUACAGUGUAAUUCCAUCCAUAUUCCGUCCAUUUUUGUAUAAUUGAUUGUUAUUGUAAAUGAAAUAGUUUUUAUUCAUUAUACUUGACUGUUUGACAUUAGUCAGCAAAUGAAGCUACAUAUCUUAAGAUUAGAUUUACAAUGUAUUAAUUUUUUUAUAUGUAUUUUUUCUAACUUUGAUAAAGUUGAUUUGUAUUAGUCACAA